AUGGGUACGGUUCCAAACGGGUCAGACUGUCGUUGCGACGAUGCCAUGUACUGCGGUGGAACGUUCCGACCAUUUCGGAAUAUUCCAACGGAAAACGCUCGCGCGCCGGACUAUUUAAGGCAUCCCACAAAUUCGAACGUUCGAUCCGUUCCCUGCCAGUGUCGUUUUCCCCCCACCCCGCACGCCGAUUCGAAUGCACCAAUCAACCAAGUUCACGCAACCAACCAGCUACAGUGUGUGGGGGUUCCUAUCGAGACAUUGGACGAGGCACAAGAGUACGAGUACGAUUCCCGUACCAAGAACGAAAAGAAGUCGGUAGAUAGGUAG